GCAGCAAUAUGUCAAGCUAGAUCUUUCUCAAGCAGUAUAACAUCAAUGGAAAGAUUUCUUGGUCGCAACUUUCUUGCUCUUACAUUAAUACUUCACUCAAUUCAAGCAACAACAUCAAUCUCUCAUGUAAAUCACUAAAAACCUAAACCUGUGCAUGAAUAUCUAUUCAUUUGCAGACUAUAUUCUUGAUUAUCUUUGGCAUGUUUUCCAGGUUUACGUUGUAUAUUUAGGCGCUAACCGGCUAAAAAACGCUGCUUUAGCUUCAAACCACCACCUUCAUCUUCUUUCCAAAGUCUUCACAAGGUUACCUUCUUCAAAACUCAUCUCUUUUUUUUUUUUUUUUGAACCAAAACUCAUCUCUUUAACAGUCCUUUUCUCUUCUCGGUCAAUAAUCUCGUCCGCAAAUAUUUGGAGAUGUUGUUGUAGCAAAGAAGAUGGGAAACAAUCGAUGUUGUACAGUUACAACAAUGGCUUCUCAGGCUUCUCUGCAAAACUCAACGCAUCACAAGCUACUUCUUUAGCAAAAUUGGACCAGGUCAUAACGGUUUUCAAGAGCAAAAGCUUGAAGUUGCACACAACAAGGAGCUGGGAUUUCUUAGGUCUCGCCGUUGACUAUCCCCGUCGUACUCCUCCGCCGCAGCUCGCCUAUGGAUCCGACAUUGUCGUCGGAAUAUUCGAUACUGGGAUUUGGCCGGAAUCGGAGAGUUUCAGGGAACCGCCGGAGGCAAAAUCCAUACCUUCGUCGUGGAAAGGAAAUUGCGUCGGAGGAGAAGAGUUCAAUCCUUCCGUACAUUGCAAUCGAAAAUUGAUCGGUGCUCGAUUUUACCUCAGAGGAUUCGAAGAGACAUAUGGACCGAUUGACUUUACGCGAGAUCCUGAAUACCGAUCGCCGCGAGAUUACCUCGGUCACGGCACACACACAGCUUCAACCGCCGUUGGAUCCGUUGUUCGCAACGUCUCCGGCUUCUCCGGUUUGGGACGCGGCACUGCUCGUGGCGGAGCUCCGUCGGCGAGGCUAGCAGUGUUCAAGACGUGUUGGGGGAAGGAUCUGGAAGGUGUUUGCACGGAGGCUGAUAUCUUGGCAGCUUUCGACGACGCGAUCCACAACGGUGUCAACGUGAUUUCGGCCUCUUUUGGCUAUUCGCCGCCGUUAUCUCCGUUUUUCGAGUCGAGCGCAGACAUUGGGGCUUUUCACGCGGCGGAGAGAGGAAUCAGCGUGGUUUUCUCUGGCGGAAACGAUGGCCCUGAUCCCGGUGUUGUUCAGAAUGUCGCUCCUUGGGCAGUUUCCGUCGCAGCUUCGACAGUUGAUCGGAGUUUUCCCACUAGAAUUGUUAUCGACGGCAGUUUCACUCUCACGGGUCAGAGCUUGAUUUCUCAGGAGAUCACUGGUACAUUAGCUCUUGCAACAACGUAUUUCAAUGGAGGGGUUUGCAAAUGGGAAAACUGGUUGAAGAAAUUGGCCAAUGGGACAAUAAUUCUGUGCUUCUCUACUUUGGGUCCGGUUCAGUUCAUUGAAGAGGCACAAGCUGCUGCCAUAAGAGCGAACGCAUUAGCGCUAAUAUUUGCAGCCUCACCAACCAGACAGCUCGCUGAAGAAGUAGACAUGAUCCCAACAGUUCGUGUGGAUAUUCUUCACGGGACAAUGAUCAGGAACUAUCUUGCUCGUUUGCCUACAGUGCCAAUUUUGAAAAUUGGACCGAGCAAAACGGUUAUUGGAGAGACUACAGCACCCUCCGUUGCAUAUUUCUCUUCAAGAGGACCUAGCUCACUAUCACCUGAUAUUCUCAAGCCAGAUAUUACAGCGCCCGGUAUUGGGAUAUUAGCAGCAUGGCCUCAUAAAACUCCACCUACACUGUUACCAGGAGACCACCGAUCUAUUGAGUGGAAUUUCCAGUCGGGAACGUCAAUGUCAUGUCCUCAUGUGGCUGGAAUUAUGGCUCUUCUCCAGUCAGCUCAUCCUGACUGGUCACCUUCUGCAAUCAGAAGCGCUAUCAUGACCACAGCGUAUACAAGAGACACAACCUAUGACUUGAUCCUCUCUGGUGGGUCGAUGAAGUCCACUGACCCGUUUGAUAUUGGUGCCGGGCAUAUAAACCCUUUAAAAGCCAUGGACCCUGGUCUGGUUUACACUACCAGAACCGAAGAGUAUGUGCUCUUCAUGUGCAACAUUGGCUACACGGACCAACAAAUUAAGUCCAUGGUUCUCCACCCAGAGCCUUCCACAACAUGUCUUCCGUCUCACUUGUAUCGAACAAAUGCAGAUUUCAACUAUCCGUCUAUUACCAUACCGAGCUUGAGAUUCACCAGGACAAUAAAACGCACUUUAAGCAACGUUGGUCCAAACAAAAACACAGUUUAUUUCGUGGACAUCAUUAGACCCAUGGGAGUGGAAGUUGUGAUCUGGCCGCGGAUUCUGGUGUUCUCGAAGUGCCAACAAGAACACUCAUAUUAUGUUACAUUCAAGCCCACUGAGAUUUACUCUGGUCGGUAUGUAUUUGGGGAGAUCAUGUGGACAGAUGGGUUACAUCGAGUUAGAAGUCCGUUGGUUGUGUUCUUGAGCAACGCUAGGCCUUCUGCAAGCAGUUGAGAAAGACAUGUAAUGUUGGGCUCACGUUGAAAGAUGGAUGUGUUGUCAUCGUUUUAUCAGAAGAUAUACUCUGGUUCAAACCAAAGUUCCCCGGGAACAAUAAGUGAAGAAAAAUGUAAAAAUAGACGCAAUGAAAAAGAAAAUUUGUACUGUGAUUAAGCAUUUGUAAUUCACAGACGCAAUUUACGAUCAUUGUGAUGAUCUUUGUUUGGUUUGUUUUUUUGGAUUUCGUUUGAAGUUCGGUUUUGGUUUUUACUGAAACCGUCUACUAUGAAAUUGUAGGUCGGUUUACAUCCGGUUUACGAUUGAGAUUGAUUAUUACCUAGGAAGCACGGAAUCUUCGUCGGAGGUCCGCUUCCCGCUUCGGAAUCUUAGUCGGAAUCGGAAGCUCUUGGAAGCUUUCGGAAUCUCGCUUCCAUCGCGUUUCCAAAAAUUCAACUUUGGAAGCUCGUUGGAAGCUUACGAUUCCGGUUUGGAAGCUUGCGCUUCCAUUUUAUAAAUUCAAUUUUACAAAUAAAACAUGAAAUUAUUAUU